GGGGGAUGUAUGGAUCGCAAACCGGGGACCAGUUCCAUCAGAGUCCCGGGUAAAGAGUCAGUUUAACACGGAUCAACCUGAGCACUCCAUCAGCAUUACACUUCCAUCUUCCUCAUGUCCGAGUGUGUCUCCGGGGACAGCUAUGCGGAGUGCAGUGCCACAGCGGAUUGGCUCAUGUCCAACACACAAGUGCGGCCGACCGUGGGAAUCGUGUGCGGCUCAGGGAUGGGGGGGCUGGCCAAGAUGCUCAAGGACCCGCAGGUCUUCAAGUACAGCGACAUUCCCAACUUCCCACGGAGCACAGUGCAUGGUCAUGCUGGACAGCUGGUGUUUGGAACACUGAAAGGGAAACCGUGUGUUUGCAUGCAGGGCAGAUUCCACCUGUACGAGGGCUACCCCAUCCAGAAGAUCACUCUGCCCAUGCGCGUGUUCAAGCUGAUGGGCGUGGAGACGAUGAUCCUGACCAACGCGGCCGGAGGCCUCAACCAGGACUACAAGGUGGGAGACUUCAUGAUCCUCAAGGACCACAUCAACAUGCCGGGAUUCGCCGGAAUCAACCCUCUGUCCGGACCCAACGACGACAGGUUUGGCGUUCGAUUCCCCUGCAUGUCUGACGCCUACGACCGCGAGCUGCGGCAGCUUGCCCACGAGGUGGGGGGGGAGCUGGGCUUCAACGACUUCCUGAAGGAGGGAGUGUACUGCGUCCUCGGAGGCCCGUCCUUUGAGACCAUCGCCGAGUGCCGCAUGCUGCACAGCCUGGGCGCCGACGCUGUGGGGAUGAGCACCGUUCACGAGGUCAUCGCAGCCCGCCACGCCGGGAUCCGCUGCUUCGCCCUGUCCCUGAUCAGCAACCGGUCGGUGAUGGACUACGACAGCCUGGAGAGGGCCAACCACGAGGAGGUGCUGGAGACGGGCAGGCUGAGGGCCGAGCAGCUGGAGAAGCUGGUGACCACCAUCGUGGAUCGGAUGGAGCACCACAACAACAACAACAGCUUCUGAGCCUCUGCACCUGGUCCCAGAUCAGCUCCCAUCACUUCAUGUCAGCGAGAAGAUUCUCACCAUGAUUGUUAGAAAGCUGCAAAAUCUCUGCUUCAAACCUGCCGAGCUUCAUUAACGACUUUAGACCAGUUUCCACUCACUGCAUCAGGUCUUAAGAUCCUGAGCCCGGCUCCUCUUUUUAAAUAGAUUCCUCCAUUUAUUAUUCAUUGAUCAUUUUUAGGUGUUUCGGGUGUUUUGCAGACAGAUUCUAACUUAUUCCUUAAGAGACAUUGUAGUGCACUGUUUUCAGUCAACCGUAGUGUUUCAAUGAAACAUGGGAUUUGUAACUUUACAAUGUAAAAUAUUUAUUGCUUCAGGUCCUUUACAUUCCCUGGCAUGUUAAUUAACCACCAUCGAGAAAACUGUAAUAUUCCAAUUCGGAUUUAAACAAACUCAUCAUUGCUUCUACAGUAAAGAAGGUGUAAAAUGUUUUAAGAUAUUUAAACAAAAUGUAUUUAAGUAGUGUUUUUAUAUUUGUUUUGACGAUGUAUCUCGUGUUUGAUGGACGUUUAGUUGAAGUGAGGGAGGACUUCCUGCACGGAGCUGUUACCAAAGUGUGUAGAUGGGAUUUAAACCUGCACUUCUCAUCAAUGUUAACCAACAGGCUGCUUGUGCUUUCUCUAAGAGGUACUGAUCUGAAGACUGUAGACACUGGGGUUCCACUUUUUCUAAAUAAAAAAAGACUCCUCGUGAAAACAGUGUUGUCUUUGUGAGCUACGUUCAGAAGGGAAGGUCACGGUGCGUGUUUAGCUGAGGGAUGUACGAGACCUUUCAGCUGCACAUGGUCUCGGGACCCAAUUCAAAAAAGAAGUAAUCCAGCCUAUUUCAUAAAGUUAAUUGUGUAAUUUGAGUGGUUACAUGUUUGUUUGCCAAUAAAACGAAUGAAGUGGA